AUGUAUUCGGAUAUCAAGUACGCCCAACUUGAGGAUCCUGACCAUUGGAUCAGACUCAUCAAACUAGAACCGUCUCCUUCGGAAUCCAUUUCUGAAACCGAAAUACCGGAUCUCCUGGUGUGCAAUAUCGAGGAAUAUAUCCGCGGCGACUCUCCGCCAUACACAGCCUUGUCAUACGUCUGGGAAUCUCCAGACAGCCCCAAAAGGCGUAUUAGCAUUGGUGGGACGACAAUAGACAUCAGCUCAACCGUCGAGAAUGCCCUUCGGCGCCUACGAUUUCGUAAAAAGCCUCGAUGGCUUUGGGUCGAUCAGCUAUGCAUCAAUCAAACAAACGAGGUCGAGAAGAGCCAUCAAGUCCACCAAAUGCACCAUAUCUACAGGGAGGCAGAUCAGGUGAUCGCAUGGUUGGGUAAUGGUGAUGAGAGUAGCGAUCUCAUAUGCCGCUUGAUGCGUGAUACAGGCCGAGCCCUGCGCUCCAACGACCUUGAAGCUUUGCAGAAGCUCUACUCUGGUAACGCGAAGGAAGGCUCUAUUGAUCUGGAAGCUGCCAAAGCGGCAUUCCACGGUUAUUGUCAGCGGCGCUAUUGGCAACGCCUGUGGAUCAUGCAGGAAUUUGCCGUUGGUCGGCGUAUUGCUAUUGCCUGCGGUGACUGGAUUGUGAAGUCCGACCUCGUAGAGCAAUCUAUGGAUGCCUCGAGUAUUGUUCAGCGUCGUGCGCGAAAGAAGCCAGCUGAUGGGCUUGAGAUACUGAUUCGGAACCUGGAUUAUGUCUACUCUACUCCACUCAACACCUAUGUUUAUAGCUUGUUUACAAGAAGGUGGCACUAUGUCUAUACCCCCGAUGGAGAAAGCCCAUGGGGCCAGCCCCUUCUACAGGUCGUCGCGGUAUCGCUCACUCUGGAAACCGACUACAACGUUGUCCACGCAACUGACCCGCGCGAUCGUAUUUUUGCUUUGCUAAACCUGACUGGAGAUAGGGACCACUUUGACUUGUUCCCAGACUACUCUAUGACAGUCGAAGAGGUGUACAGAGAAACAGCCUGCAAGAUCUUAGAACAAGGUACUAUUGAUGUUCUCAUGUACUGCCAAAGGCCCAGGAAGCUUGUCACGCUGCCAAGUUGGGUACCGGAUUGGAGUAUGGAUGUUCUUCAUCCAAAUGCACAGCCUGCGUGGGAUACCCCCUUCCAAGCAUCAGGCACAUAUACCGCGAUACCGAGAUUUCCCCACUUCGAUACAGCGACAUUUGAGGGUAUCUAUGUGGACAAAGCUCAAGAGAUUGGGGCCACUUGGGACCCAAACUGGUUGAAGCCCAUCAACCAGACCGCAGUCAAACAAUGGCUCAAAAGCAUCAGGAGAUUUUGCGACAGCUCCCCUAGAAUUAGGGUCGGAGAAGAGCGUUUGGAUGCUGCUCGCAUUGGGAUCCUUGAUGGCACCACUUGGUUCUCUACAGUACCUUAUCAGGGCUGGGGAUCCCGAUGUGCAGAAGACGUCGAGAAUCUUCAGCGUCUUGAAACAGAGGAAGGAGAGAAAGAUGAAGAUGCUUCGUCUGCAGAGGAUUCUUUCUAUGCGUCCGCUCUUAUGCGGAUGCACACGAGACGUGCCUUUAUGACUUCCACAGGCUUUGUUGGGGUUGGUCCACUUGAUAUGCAGCCAGGAGAUGAAGUCUGUAUUCUGUUGGGAGGGAAAGUACCCUACCUAUUACGAACUCAGGAUGACGAAUCAUAUACGCUUAUCGGAGAGGCAUACGUGCACGGAAUCAUGCACGGGGAACUCUUCAAAGGUGGUCCUAGAAACAUUCGAAAUUUUGAUGUAAAGUAG